AUGCCGCGACCGUUCUUUCGUCGUCUCCGUGUUCACGGCGCGACGCAUAAGUUUGGUGUCGCCGUGCAGAGACUGACAGAAACGGUACUAUGGCUGGAACGUGCCCCGCCCUCUGUGGAGCUAUCCAUUCACUUUAUUCGAUCGUCGCAGAUGCACCUACUGAAUUACAACCAACGCGGGAUUGACAGGCCGACGGAUGUACUGACCUUCCCCGGCAGUGGAAGUGGCACCCCUGACGCAUUGUGGGCGAAUGAGGUUCUUUUCUCUAACCAAGACAACCUCAUUGGCUUAAAGAAAAGUUUACCCGCACAGGAGUGCACGGGCUUGUCAAGACGUGAUGUCCUGUUGGAUCUUGGUGAAAUUUACGUCAGUGUCGAGGAUAUAUGGAUGCGCUGUCUCCGCUACCCACAGAAAAACCUCCGAUUCCACGACUACCUGCAGGUGGCUCUGGUACACGCAUUACUGCAUGCCCUAGGGUACGACCAUGACGCACCGGAGCGUUGGAGGAAAAUGUCAAGGCGAGAGAGGUCAUUGUUGCGCCAAUUAGAUGCGUUUCGGCGCCGUUGGCCUGGUUGUUUGAUGGAGCUUGACGGCAUUGAGUUGAUUGCCUCCGUCAAGUCGUGA